AAUAUCAGAUCAUUUAUUUUAAUAAACACUCAAACAGAUUAAUCAAUUAUCCAUUAAAAGGAGAUUAAUUUAGUCCUAGAUUAUAGUUGGAAUGUUGUUACAGCCUUAGUUUGAACCACUGCUUGUUAGAGGCCAUUUCAGACCUAUAGAUUUGGUACAUACAUACCAGGUAAACACUUCUCUCAGUGUUUGUUGUGGAUCCUUGUGAUUUAUGGCUCAGACUCAGCUCGGUCUUCUUUCAACAGACCACAAUAAUCAGAAGAAACGGCACAUGUUUCACUGGUGCAGAAGCCACACGCACAAAAACAUGCUGUCUUUCUUUAUCCACAGCCUCGAUGGUGACAUGUUUGUGUGGUUGGGUAGAUGGAGAGGUGUGACCUCACUCUGUCACUUCUUGGACAGUUUUGGCACCUUUUCAGUUCAGUUGUCAUUACUUGUUCUUAUCUUCCUGUGAGCCAGACACUGCUGUCUCAGGCUGGACUCCCUCCAUCCAUCCAUCCAUCCAUCCAUUCAUUCAUUCAUCCAUCCAGCAGGUGUUGUUUAAUUUCCUCUUUUCACAUUUGUGUUCAUCUCUUCAUCUCUAGGUACCCAGUCAACCAAACACUGAUUAUUGUCUUGAAAGGAGCUGCAAAGAUGUUGGAGGUUAUAACUCACAUCACUGCACUUAAUUAAAGGAAAUCUUUGAAGAGAUAGGAAGAACAGUGAUGUCAGGCCUGUGAAAACAUGUCACUCAACUACAUCUUCCUCGCAAACACGUGAGUCAUCAGGUGCAUUCCCUGCCACGACUAACGAGAUUGUCCUCAUUAAAUCCUUCAAGUGCUAAUCUGUAUGGGAGAUUUGGGGGAAGUGAAGAGUGGAGCGAGUCUCGAGGAGGAAAAGAGGGAAACAGAAGAAGCACAGGCUGGAAACCCGGCAGAGCAAACAGUUAUUUUCUCCUGAGAAGGCCGAGGAGCACACACACAGCAGCCUGUGAAGAUGGUUUUGUUGUUCCUUUGUGUUUUUGCUAGUUUGCGCUGAAGCUUUAGGAGAUUGUGUGAAAGCAGAGGAGACCAUCUGGUACUUUAUCAGGAUUGUGUACGGUGAGCUGUUGGCUGCCUGGGUCUCAAUCUGGUUCUGUCAGAGCAACACAAUAUGAGCCAAGGAGAAAUCCUUUUCACCUUUUUUCAACUCGAGUUGAAGAAAUAAGGGUGGGGUCCUUCCCCGAGAGCUCAGGUGCAUCAUGGAGUCUGUGCUGAGAAUGAAAAAGUCCCUGCAGAGGCCCAUCAGGAGGCUGACCAGCUGUGUGUCGGGGAUGAAGGAGCGGAGGUUGUGCACCAAACCCAGAAAUAAGAGGGGACGAGGUAGAGGAGGCAGAAGUUUGGGGAGGAAGCCCCAACUCCGAACUGCGUAUCCCAAAGACCCGAUAGUCAUCCGCUCGUACCAGGCAGACCUGGAGAAGAAGAGGAAGCAGCGGGAGGCGAUGAACGCUCAGAAGAAUGCGGAGAGAGCAGCGAUGAGAGAUCAUUUCAGGAGAAAAUACCAACUGUCUGAGAGCUCGAAGGACAUAAACCACCUGCAGUUUGUUGGAAGAAAAGUGUCACUCCCUCACGAGCUGUCGAAAAUCAUUCAUCCUGAAACCAAAGCCAAGGACGGAGGCUUCAACCUGCUGAGAGCAUUUCAAGGCCUCAGUUUUGACACGCCGCUGCUCACGGGGAGGAAAAACAGCAAGACCUCCACUUACACACCUGCAAAUGGGGACUCGUGUAGAGUCAUGUGACUGACGGGUGAUCACAGCGAUGAUUAGAUUUUAAUUGAGUCGGUUGUUGAAGGAAACACACAGGAGAAGUACCAGCAGGGACGAAUAUACUCAGUCAUUGUUGCUGCUCAAAGACAAACUGUGCUUUUACCUGUCAGUUUUAUAUGUAUGCACAUGAAAACAUGUCUGUCACAUUUUUACUCAGCUUUAGACAAUUCAAUCGGCUAUGAAAUAUAUUCUGCAUAUUAGUACAGAGAGUCUUUGCUUUAAGUCUGUCUAUUUUAAUGUAGUUGUACACAUAAGUGUGUAUCACCUGUAAGAGAAUUAACCCGAUUUAGAGUCAGAAUAUAGUAAAAUACAAGUUAAAUAAACAGGUAGUAUUAUUAUAAUGUAAACUGUUAAAUGAACACUCAUAAUGCUCUAAUGUUAAACUAUGCUUUAUACACUUCAGUGCUUGUUUUGUUUAAAAGACAAUACAACAAUGAUACUAUAAUAUAUGUUGUUUAAGUAGUAGUACAUGUAAUUGCUGCUCUUUAAAUAAUAUACUGUAGAUCCAACUGAGUGAUCUACACACAAGGAAGGAACCUCAGGGAAACACGUUCACGUUUCACACACUCACACACUCACACAAGUAACAUGAAUGUAAUGCUUUUGUAUUUGUGAUUAACUGACAAAAUAAUUAAAAACAGUCUGUUGUUUCUUUGUAAA